AUGUCGGAAAAAAAGGAAAUAGCGGCGCAGGACAAGAUAGAUAUCGAAAGACCGUACUGGGAUCAGAGCACGUAUCAAGGAAGGGCAUUGCACUUUCUGACUGUGACAAACCCGCUCAAUGUCUUCGCCUCGAACCAACGGCUCGAACAUGCGCGUAACAUCGUCACGAAGUACAGACAGGGCGAGAGCCUAGAAAAACAAGGAAUCAUCGCGGAUGAAUUAUGGAAUUGCAAAUAUCUUUACGACAGCGCCUAUCAUCCCGAUACUGGCGAAAAAAUGUUAUUAAUUGGGCGUAUGAGCGCUCAAGUGCCCAUGAAUAUGAUAAUAACUGGCUGUAUGAUGACGUUUUAUAAGUCAACGCCAGCUGUAAUCUUCUGGCAAUGGAUCAACCAGUCCUUCAAUGCCAUAGUAAAUUACACAAACCGCAGUGGCUCGAGUCCGAUUCCCACGGAAACGUUAGCACGAAGUUAUGUCGGCGCCACGGGAGGUGCUGUGAUAACGGCGUUGACUUUGAACCGUCUUGCUCAACGUGGACCACCGUUGGCAGGCCGGCUGGUGCCAUUAGCUGCGGUCGCUGCGGCUAAUUGCGUGAACAUCCCUAUGAUGAGGAUUACCGAACUCCAAAAUGGAAUCGAAUUACAAACCGAGGACGGCACGAAAGUCGGUAACAGCAAACGUGCGGCGAAGCAGGCGAUCACGUCUGUAACGUUAUCGCGAAUACUUAUGGCCUCGCCGAGCAUGAUAUUGGCGCCAAUAGUAAUGAAUUACUUAGAUCGAAGGCAAUUGUUACGUAACGCGAAAUGGGCUGCCGGACCGAUUCAAGUUCUAAUCUGUGGAGUAUGUCUCACUUUCGCGACGCCGCUCUGCUGCGCUCUUUUCGCACAACGCGUCGCUAUCUCCGUAAAUCGAUUGGAACCCGACGUGCAAGAACAAAUACGCUCGCGCGAUUCCAGUCUAGAAACUGUUUACUACAAUAAGGGCCUUUAAAUAAUACGGGGCAGGAUCCCCAUUCGAAUACUUUUAUCAAUGAUUCAAUGACGCAAAUUUGCUCUUGAAACUCAGGUAUACACGAAACAUUCCCACAAAUACAACAUUCGAAAGCGCAAAUAUAUCAUCAAUGAUUUCCAACAAUUACAUAAACAGUUGGUAUUGCUAUAAAUAAUUUAUAUUUCCGUAAAUGAUCGAUGUUCAACGAUGGUAAUAUGAAAAUUUACGAGGAUACUAUCGUUCCAGAGUGUCUAUUUAAAUCUUAAAAAAAAUUUUCUGAUUUUUCAAGUAUUUUUUUCUUAGUUUUUAUGUAAGAUUAAAGUAUAUUUUACACAUGCAAAUUUAAUAUAAAUUUAUUUUGUGCUCUUUUUAGCGUUUUUAACUUAUAUAAUCAUAAAAAGCGUUAAGAAUUACUCGAAAAUUUCUCUAAAUUAUUCCCGAGAUAAAAUUCCUUGAGAUUUUUUUUUAUUUUUUCGGGCAAAAAAUUACCUAAGAUUCUUUAGAUUUUUCUAAGCACUCUGAUCUACGAUUCAUAAGCACAUUCUCUUAGCCGUAUACGUCCAAACAAUUACGUACAUAUCUCCCUUUCCAUUUUGGCCUGCAUACAUAUAUGUAAUGAAUCUUUCAAGAUAUAUAAGAGACAUGUAAGAGAUUCAGAAUGCAGAGAGAAAGGGUAACGGGUGAGAAAGACAAUAAAAUAAACAAUUUAGUGUUCUGAAUAAAUUUUAAUUGUGUAUCUUUAUCCGUAACUGUGAUUUGUCGAUGUACGAUAGCUUAAGCAUUGUACUUGGAAUUAAAAACAAGAACUUCCGGUU